AGAGGGACAAGGUCACGGUCUAGUAACACCGAUGCUCAGUCGCCUUAGUUGAAUGUCUGACCCAGCACUUUGGACACCUCCGGACUCACCGGAGUUUAAGGGGACAGGUGCUAUAUUUUCUGAAGAUUUAGAUGCAGACCUGUUGGCCGAAAUCGAUUAUGAUGUGCAACAACCAGUACCGUUUUUAGGGUUAUGUUGUGAAACAGUAGAUCCAAUCAAGUUUUUGUCACGUUUUGAAACGAAAACAACCGUUGUUCAGUGGGCUGAUCCUCAAGAGAUUUUAUGCUUACUGAGAAACAAAUUAGUCUUGCUCAAGAAAUCCACUUCCGAAUUCCAGCGUGGUUCUUCAGUCCUUAGGAACGAUGUUUCAUUCCUUCUUUUCGCACUAUAUUCCUCCGUAACGGAAUCGGAGUUUGAAAAGCGUACAGUUGUACGAUUAGUUGGCUGUAUCCGUUCAAUUUUGGGUUUCCUGGGACCAUUUGCGAGUUUGGUGAAAGAAGAAGCAAACAAAAAUCUUAUUCAUGCUCACUUGGAAAUAUGGUUGACAGUGCUGAAAAUCUUCAAUUUUCUUUGCAAUAAAGCAGGUUAUUGUAUUUAUCUAAUCCAACGAUUCGUAGAAUAUGUGGUACUCGUAAAUGAGACGCUUGGAUUAAAACCACAGAGUUCUUUAAACGCGUGUGGUUACUUUCUGGAUAUUGUGUUGGAAAAUUUAAUACUUUAUUCAGGAUUGACUAACAUUCGAAGGUGCUCGUGUGAUGCACUCUUGUGGGUCGUCAUAAUCCAUUUCGUAGAAAAGACUCAGAAAAACUGGUUCAAAUUUUUCCAUGGGAAAAUGAUCAAAUUGAAUGCUCAACAAAGGGCAGAAUUUCCUGAAUUCAAUACUUUAGAGUGUAUUCGUCCUAAUUUCAAGUCCUACUUUCAAUCCUCAAGUUUAGAUAUUUCCCACCAAUCUUCUAUGACUGUGUGGUCUUUGUAUUGGAAUGUACUUGCAUACACUACUCCCAUACACAGUUUGUAUGCAGACCAUACAAAUCAGUCUAAGGUUGGGUUGGGGUCAUUACAGAAGUAUUCCGUUGUGGUCUGGUUGAUUCGCCAACAGUUCUUAGGAGAGGCUAUUCCUAAUAAUAGCGAAGUUCACGUUUGCCUUACAAGUUUACUUCGUUUAUCUAAAACAUGUGGGAUAAAUUUAGAAGUAGUGAGGUCUUUAUGGUUGUAUUUCAAAAGUUGGCUAAGCACUGGAUUUGAUACUUCAAACAGAUCUUCAGGUUUACUUACACCUAGUAUGAGUUUCAGAUGUUGGUACAAUAAGGUAAAACCAGCGGGUGAGGCCAGACAAAAUUUCGUUAUGUUUUGUUCACUUCUCCGGAGAUUAUCGUCAUCAGACACUGAGGAGCUGUGUACAACCUUGAAAAUCCCACUGUUGUCACUGACUAAGCCAAGUAUUUCUUACUACUUUUUCAUAUGGGCUAAUUUAAUUGAAGAAGCUUUGGAUACAUUAUCAGUGAGCAUAGGCAACAUGGAUUGUAAUAAAAUAAGUUUAUUGUCCCUGGUUGAGAACAUUGUUGAGAUAUCUUCCUCGUUAUCGGAAUCGAAUAAUGUCGCCCAAAAAUCACUACAUAAUUGGGACCCGAAUCGCGGUUGUAUACUUCUUCAAUGUUUGCAGUAUCUACUAGUUAUGUUUGGAGAAUAUGGAUGCUUGCAUUCGGAAUUAAAUAGUUAUUUGCUUUGUUUGUUACCAGUUGUUGAGAAAAUCAAUGGUGUCAUUAUUUCCUUACGCCGUAGUCUGUCUCUGUCUAACGAGCUUCUUUCUACGGAAUCAGAAUUCGCUUUAACACACCGUCCAGUAGCAUGCAAUCGAUUGUCUACUUCGAGUCGUAUCAGCGACCUCACAUCUAUCUCAAUUCAGUUUCUUGUCGAUCUUCUGCUUCCAAGUAUUUCUACUCAUGUUUCACUACCUUCAGGUCGUAUUUUUUUAAUCAUACAGUGUUUAGGCUCAUCAUAUUUUGAUUCUAUUAGCUGGCCUUUUGAUAUUAAGUGGAACGAAUGCAUCUUGCAAUUACUUGAAGCUGUAUGUUCGUUAGAAUACUCUGAAUCAAACUUAGAAUUGUUUAGCUUCUUUUGGAGUUCUGUUUACCCUGCGUUUAAAAAGGCUAUUUCUAGACAGAAUACCAAAUGUGCUCCUAUUCCCGUGAAUCUAUUAUCGAUCCUAUCCAAAAUUGCACUAUAUUUUAUUCGUUUAUCCAAUAUCUGUUUUUCAUACUGGAGCGAACAUAAAUCGACCAUCUAUCUUCUUGAUCCCGCUGACCUAUUUGAUUUGUUCACAAUGAAUCCGUCUAUAGAUUUUUCGUUUCAUUUUAGUAUUAUGAAAGCAUUUUAUGGCACAUCUAGUACAAUUAAAGAAUUGGUUAUCAUUCUUAGCUCAAGUAAAAAGGAAACUUCUACAGUUGCUUGGUUAUUCUUCGUCGCUUUACUAACGUAUUGUUUGUUUGUUAGAAAUGUAAAUUCGUUUUCGACAGAAAGUCAUGAUGAUUUCGUCUUUCCGUCUUUUAUAAGCGAAAUUCGUGCUUAUCUGCCAAAGCAAAUAACCAUUUCAACAAUCUCCAAUUUAGAUCCUGAGACCAUUUUCAUUAAUAUAGCUGCUUAUUUCGAUGAACUCUCUACAUUUCAAGCUCGGAUGUUAUUCAAAUCUGUUUUUGUUGAAUAUAUUGGUCGAUUAAGUGAGUUUAUUUGUACAUGUUGCUCUGUGUCCAGUUCUGCACAGGAAAGUGGUUUUGGGUUGAGUCACACGACACAGAACAGUUUCUUAAAACCGGAGGAUUUAUGUGGAAGCGGUUAUCGAGUGGCAGGAAUGUUAAUUCGUCACUGUUCAAUGUUACUUUAUUCUCCAGUCACUACCGAAGGCUCAGUAUCAAGCUUUGAGAAAUUGGUGAAUCACUUUUUUCUUCCACGACAGUUAUACGAAACACAGGAUUCUAACAGAUUUUCUACUCUCAACGAAUCCAAUAUAUUCCCAUGUUAUGUUAUGGAGUCCAUGCGAGAGCAGCUACCUGAACUUACACGUGGUAUUGCUCAAUUAAAUUGGAAAAGUGAUCCUUAUCUAUGUCGCAUAAUAAAAGACAUUGUCAAAAUACAUUAUAAACACCUUGGUCCAGGAGCUAUUGCCUCAAUGGUACUAAAUAGCCCUACAUUGGAUUUUCGGACUCAUAUUUUGCAGUUUGCCACUUACGAUCAAAUUAUCUAUCUGACUGAGAGUAAAGCUUUGUCCGUUUCUGGUUGUGAACAAAUCACAUAUCAGCGCAACAUUCUGUCUAAUGUAGGUCUCAAAGUUCUAUUUUUCAAAGCUUUGGUUUCAUAACUAACCAGUUUUCUCUACUUGACAUUUUCAUGUUAUUAUUCUUAACAACUCAAACGUUUUUGAAAAUUCGAUCCUUUUGUAAAUGAUCUCGUUUAUUGAAUUAAGUGCCUUCAUAUGCCUCUGCAAAUUUGUCAGAUUAGAAUUGGAUUUCCUUGGAUUUUUUUUUCUUUGAAAACAGUAGUUAAAAGGCAAUCAAUGUACAAUAGCAUUGUUUACAGCGUGAUUCGUGGUUAGAUUCUGUGUAUUACAUUUCCGUUGACUAACUUAUAAUAAGACUAUCGCUGUAAGAGACAUUACUGUACAUCUUUGAUCUGAAAUGAAUUUCUGAAUGAAUGGAAUGAAAUGUCAUCCCGAAGUCAUGACAUGGGGAUGUCAUGACUUAAAUAGAGGACACUUGAAGUUCUCAUUAGUAUACACAAAAAAAUGACAUUAAUUUUAAAAGGCUUUCAAACUCAAAAUAUCAUACAAGAAACAACAUUUUAGCUUGAUGUCGUGUGUCAAUAAGAUAGGUUGUUUUUAUAUAAUCACUAACUUCAAUAAUCAACUCGCGUUACCCCUUUGUUUGAUAAUGUUUUUGGCUAAUGUUUUUCCAAAGAUCAGAUUAAUCUGUAUUUCCCCAACUUAAGUAUAAAUUUGACGGCUUAGUAAUCUAAAUAUUUGUGAUAUUAAAAUUAUUUUCUUGUAACAUUUGUAGCUGACUAAAAAGUCUUACCAACGAUAUCCCCCGUCUUUCCAUUAUCCGUAUUCAAGAUUAGGGUAAAUGAAUGUCAGUUCUCCCAUAUAACAUCGCAAAAUCUAUGUUUUAAAUUCGCUUAUCCGAGAACCUUAUGAGAUCUUCGACUGGUCCAUAUGAUGUUGUUGUCCUACUCUAGUCUUAAAGUAGCUUUAAGUCACUGGAUCCUCAUUAAGUCGUUUAUAUCUUCCCUUGUUAGGUGUAAUCAAGACGGGAAAGAACUAGCCUAAUAAACUCUGUUGUUAUCGCCAAAUACUUCCUGACUGAUUGCAGCCAAUAUCUAGUAGAGAAGAAAUAGAUGCGUAAAUUGAGGAUGUUUCAAACUUGACGUUUUCUUCAACUCGCCUUUGCUAUUUCACCUCUGUUUUAUUAGUUAUUCUAUCAAUAAGUUAUCAACGAUAUUGUAAAUCUCAUGACUGCUGUCUUUUAGCGUGAACAAAGUUCAAUCACAAUUAAUUAUGCCAUUGAGUGUAUGGUUUUAAAUCAGUUUCUUAUUGCCAUCGUGUUCUGUUGCUACCAAUUUACUGAUUAAUAUUCUAUAUUUUUAGUGGUCGAAUAUGUUCUAUUACUAUGUAGUUAUUAUUUCACAUGCGUUUAUCUGAUUAUUAUUCGAAAUCGGAGUUAUUGCAAAUAAUUUCUUCUCCUUUAAAUUAGUGGGUGGAUUUCGCAUAUUCAAUAUACUCCAAUACAUAUUCAAGUGGUAUUUACCUGAGUGAUGCUCCAUUUUUAGUUUGCCCUAUUCUACUGUCAAACACCUUAAAAGAUUUAACUAGCGCAUUGAAUUCUGAUAGUCGCAAACACAGUAUACAUAUUCUUAAAACGUAUAAAGAAGCGGUCACAUCGGUAGCUUGUAAAGAAACAAGAUCUCGUAUCCUUGAGCUCUGCUGUAACCUGGAUAAGAAAACCAUGGACCCUUCAUGCACUCUUGUCGCAUAUUUUGGUCUAAAAUAGUAUUUCUUUCAGCCUGUUCACAUUAGUGAGACACGAAUUAUGUGUAACGCACCCUAAAAAUGAUAUUUACAUUCAAUAAAGUUUUUUAUCACUUCGUCUUAAUGAUUGUAUGGGAAUUGUAAAUCGGAUAUAUAUGGCGCCUUUUCGAAACUUAUCUCUUUGUUACAAUUGUCUCAUCCCACAGAUUUCGUUCUCCGGCGGUAAGGUCUCAACA